GAAAGCUCUCAUCCAGACGAGCGGCCUGCGAAGAAGCGCCGUUUCUUUGCAGAGCACUCGUCUCCCGCCCAGGGGCGCGAAAAGCAUCGCAGCUCGCCUCCGCUGUCCCCGCCACAGGCACCACCGGGCCUAGUGAAUGUGAAGGAUGAGGAAGAAGAUGCCGCGGCAAUCGAUGGCUUCGACGUCGGGAUGCUCCAGGCGGUUGUUGGAGAGUUGCCAUAUUCUACGCUUCAGAAGUUGAAGGAUGUCAGCAGCAGCAAUGUGGAACGAGCAAUCAACCUGUAUCUUGACGGCUCAUGGGCCAACGCACCUACUCCCGCUGCCAUCUUCCAGCCGCGCCCUCAUGCCGUCCAGGCGACAAUCGCCAGCUCACUGAAGCGCAUCGAGUCCGAGGAUUCCGUUGCCUCGCAGGGGUCUGGCACGUCGAUUCCAAUGGCCCCCAUAGUCCGAGACAUGCCCUCGAAGCGGUACAUUGGCUCAUUUGGCGUGGUCGGCUGGGCGACAACAAGUGGAACGGGACUGCUCAAGCACGGUGAGAACGUUUCCAUCGAGCGCUACAAGAUGCAGCCAAAGGGCAAGAAGCGCGUGGUUACGCUCAAGAAACAAGACGUCGUCGUCAGAUUCACCAACGAGAGGGGGCAGGAGGUUGGAAGACUGGAGAACGACUCGGCAGCCUGGAUCUCCGCCCUAAUCGACCAGAAAGUGUGCUCCUUCGAGGGCAGCUGCGUCUACGUGCCAGACCGCAUUCGCACGAGCGACACUAUAUACUUACAGCUACAUGGCUACUUCCUGCGCAGCGCAUUCGACAAGAGGAAGUUUACCAAACCCGAGGACAACAGGGAGGUCAGCUUGUUCGAAGAGAAGGAAACGUCAGACGAGCGUGACUUGAGGAUGCGGCAGGUCGGUUUGGUGAAGCUUUUCGAGUCCAUCAACCUGCACCCGUCACGCCAGAACGAGACCACGGCGAAGCACAAGCGUCAAGGUCUGCUGCAGGCAGCAGAGAGCGCCGAGAAAAAGGACGAGAAGCCAAAGACAGCAAACGGGACGUCUUCGCCGCCGGGUGAAGAAGCUGAGGAGGGUGCAGAGCUAGAGCAGGAUCAGCUGGACUCGCUGUACAAGAAGGCACAGUCGUUUGACUUCAAUACACCCACCAUGGAACCUGCAGACACCUUCGUCAUGGAUCUCCGAAAGUACCAAAAGCAGGCGCUACACUGGAUGGUUGGAAAGGAGAAGGACCAGGCACUCGCCGAACGAGAAGUCUCCAUGCAUCCGCUGUGGGAAGAGUAUCAGUGGCCGGUGAAGGAUGUCGAAAACCAGGACCUGCCCACUAUCGAUAAUCAAUCCAUGUUCUAUGUCAAUCCGUAUUCUGGCGAAUUGUCGCUCGAGUUCCCAAGACAAGAACAGAACUGUCUGGGCGGCAUCCUGGCUGACGAGAUGGGGCUAGGCAAGACCAUCGAGAUGAUGAGCUUGAUCCACACGCGCAGGAACCAGCCUGAUCAGCUCGAGCAGGCAUCGGUGCCAAAGACCCUCCCACGCCUCAAGAAGAACAGCGCGGACAUCGAGCCGGCGCCAUAUACCACGCUCGUCAUCGCGCCAAUGUCGUUGCUCGCUCAGUGGCACAGCGAAGCUGAGAAGGCGUCAAAAGAAGGCACGCUCAAAGCUAUGGUCUACUACGGUGCGGACAAGGCCGUUAACCUCCAGAAGCUCUGCUGUGUAUCUAACGCAGCCAACGCGCCAAACGUGAUCAUCACCAGCUACGGCACAGUGCUGUCCGAGUUCAACCAGGUGGCGGCCCAGGACAGCAACAGAGGCUCGCACGGCGGUAUCUUCUCGCUAGACUACUUCCGAAUCAUCCUGGACGAAGCGCAUUACAUCAAGAACAGGCAGUCGAAAACUGCCAAGGCUUGUUAUGAACUGAGCGCGAGACAUCGGUGGGUGCUUACCGGCACGCCAAUCGUCAACCGUCUCGAAGAUCUGUUCAGUCUGGUGCGCUUCUUAAGGGUCGAGCCAUGGAGCAAUUUCUCGUUCUGGAAGACGUUCAUCACGGUGCCGUUCGAAGCGGGCGAGUUCAUCCGAGCACUCGAUGUCGUACAAACUGUGCUUGAGCCGCUUGUGCUGCGCCGAACGAAGGAUAUGAAGACGCCCGAUGGGGAGGCUUUAGUUCCUCUUCCCCCAAAGUUCGUUGACGUUGAACACAUUGUUCUGUCACAAGACGAACGAGAUGUGUACGAUCAUAUCUUCCUGCGAGCAAAAAGCGUUCUGACGCAGAAUGCCGAGUCAGGAAUGCUGCUGAAGAACUACACCACCAUCUUCGCCCAGAUCCUUCGGCUGCGUCAGUCGUGUUGUCACCCCGUCUUGACUCGAAAAGCCAACGUCGUCGCCGACGAGCUGGAAGGCAACAUGGCGUCUGACCUGGCAAACGGCCUAGCUGAUGAUAUGGAUCUCUCCAGUCUCAUCGAGCGCUUCACCGCCGACAGCGACCAAGACGUCAACAAAUUCGGCGCGCACGUCCUUAAGCAGAUCCAAGACGAGGCUGACGCCGAAUGCCCGCUGUGUUUCGAGGAGCCCAUGGUCGACCAGGCCGUGACCGGCUGCUGGCAUUCAGCAUGCAAAGAGUGCCUCCUGAACUAUAUCAACCACCAGCGCGACAAAGGCGAGAUCCCGCGGUGCUUCAACUGCCGCGCGCCCAUCAAUGCGCGCGACGUCUUCGAAGUCGUGCGCCACGACCACAUCGCCAAUGACCCCACACACAGCUUCGCCAGCGAUGCACCGCCCGCCACGCAAACGCCGCGCAUCAGUCUCCGCCGCAUCGGUCUCUCCGGCAGCGCAAAAACACAGGCCCUCCUCACCCACCUGAGGAGGAAUAUGAAGCAAGACCCCAAAGGCAAGACUGUCGUCUUCUCGCAAUUUACAUCCUUCCUCGACCUCAUCGAGCCCGCGCUGCUCCGCGACCAUAUCCCCUUCUUGCGCUUCGACGGAUCCAUGGCGCAAAAGACGCGCGCCACAGUACUCGCGGAAUUCACGGCGUCGCCGAAACCGCUCGUCCUGCUGCUGUCCCUGCGCGCGGGCGGCGUUGGUCUGAACCUGACGUGUGCGCGCAACGUGUUCAUGAUGGAUCCGUGGUGGAGCUUCGCGGUCGAGGCGCAGGCUAUCGAUCGCGUGCAUCGCAUGGGCCAGGAGGGGAGUGUUAGGGUGGUACGGUUUGUGGUCGAGGGCAGUAUUGAGGAGAAGAUGUUGCGGAUCCAGGAGAGAAAGAAGUUCAUUGCGAGUAGUCUUGGUAUGAUGAGUGAGGACGAAAAGAGGGUGCAGAGGAUUGAGGAUAUCAAGGAGUUGCUCAGCUAGAGCGGCUGUAGUCGACUUCGACAUACGAUAUGCGCUACGAGCCAGAUUCGCGACUCUGAAGGACUGCCGGCUCAGCAUAGCAUUGGUCCGCGACGCCAGUGCUGCGGACAUCGAAGGAUGGAGGAGGUCCAACUACGCAUCUUCCGAAUCUAUAAUGAGCAGCAGGGCUUCUACAGUCCCACAGAGCGCACCGUGGAGUCGACAUAGCGUAACAAGCGCAUAGCAAGCGAAACAGUAUACGCAUGAGAAGUGGUUUUGUUACAUCUACCAGGCCUCACUGUGUGAAUCCCACGCAGUGCAACUCAGCCUUACAAACCACAGUGUCAGCUAACGCCCUAGACCCAGCG